AUGGCUAAAAACCCGUCGGAGGGACCCAAGGAGCCAGACCUGAAUCAGCUACCGGAUGAAGAGCUGCUGCGAUGCGGCAAGGAGGAGCUGGUCAAGCGGCUACGGAGGGUGGACAACGAGAAGAUGAACCUAAUGAUCGAGCACGGCAACAUGAUGAAAGACGUUAACCGGAGGCUGCAGGUUCACCUGCACGAGAUCCGCAACCUGAAGGAAAUCAACCAGAAGCUCCAGGACGACAACAACGAGCUGCGCGAGCUCUGCUGCUUCCUGGACGAUGACCGGCAGAAGGGCAAGAAGCUGUCCCGGGAGUGGCAGCGGUUUGGCCGGUACUCCGCGAGCGCCAUGUGGAAGGAGGUGGGUACCUACCAGCUGAAGCUCAAAGAGCUCGAGGCCAACCAGGAGAGGGUGGUGCGCGAGAACACGGACCUGAAGGAGAUCAUCCUCAUGCUGGAUGAGGAUAGGAACGGCGCCGGUUCCCGGAGCUCCAUAGACUCCCAGUCCAGCCUCACCAACCUGAAUGGCGGGACAGGGACGGUUCGGGAUGUCGGGGACGGGAGUAGUACCUCCAGCACAGGGAGCGCAGGUAGCCCCGACCACCACCACAACCACAACAGCCACAACCACAUACACAAGCUGCCCGCGGAGAGGGAGGGUAAGCUUGGCAGCACCUUCCAGAGGAGGUCCAUGGAUGACCUGUCAGCUCCACACCAUCACAGGAGCAUCCCGAAUGGACUCAAUGGUAAGUCGAAGUUCAUACACCUGUCAUACACCUGUAAUACUCACCUAUCAUUCACUUGUUAUAGCCUACAUCUGUCCAAACACCUGUCCACCUGCACCUGUCCAUAGGCCAUCUCAAUGGGCCAUACCAGCCAAGCUUGAGCUGGGAUGUUGAAUGCAUAGGAUAGGGAGAAUUAGACUUUCCACCAGCACUAGGGUCUAACAAAGCAGAACCAUCCCUAUAUGGGUCUGAGACAGACAGACAGACAGACAGACAGACAGACAGACAGACAGACUGUUCAGACAUACAGACAGACCGUUCAGACAUACAGACAGACCGUUCAGACAUACAGACAGACAGACCGUUCAGACAGACAGACAGACUGUUCAGACAGACAGACAGACUGUUCAGACAGACAGACAGACUGUUCAGACAUACAGACAGACUGUUCAGACAGACCGUUCAGACAGACAGACCGUUCAGACAGACAGACCGUUCAGACAGACAGACAGACUGUUCAGACAGACAGACAGACAGACAGACUGUUCAGACAGACAGACAGACAGACUGUUCAGACAUACAGACAGACCGUUCAGACAUACAGACAGACCGUUCAGAUAGACAGACAGACUGUUCAGACAGACAGACAGACAGACAGACAGACAGACCGUUCAGACAAACAGACAGACCGUUCAGACAUACAGACAGACAGACCGUUCAGACAGACAGACAGACAGACUGUUCAGACAGACAGACAGACAGACUGUUCAGACAUACAGACAGACCGUUCAGACAUACAGACAGACCGUUCAGACAUACAGACAGACCGUUCAGACAGACCGUUCAGACAGACAGACAGACCGUUCAGACAGACAGGUUGUUCAGACAGACAGGCCGUUCAGACAGACAGGCUGUUCAGACAGACAGGCCGUUCAGACAGACAGACAGACUGUUCAGACAGACAGACAGACUGUUCAGACAGACAGACUGUUCAGACAGACAGACAGACUGUUCAGACAGACAAACAGACAGACAGACUGUUCAGACAGACAGACAGAAUGUUCAGACAGACAGGCUGUUCAGACAUACAGACAGACUGUUCAGACAUACAGACAGACCGUUCAGACAUACAGACAGACCGUUCAGACAGACAGACAGACCGUUCAGACAUACAGACAGACCGUUCAGACAGACAGACAGACCGUUCAGACAUACAGACAGACCGUUCAGACAGACAGACUGUUCAGACAGACAGGCCGUUCAGACAGACAGGCUGUUCAGACAGACAGGCCGUUCAGACAGACAGACAGACUGUUCAGACAGACAGACUGUUCAAACAGACAGACAGACUGUUCAGACAGACAGACAGACCGUACAGACAGACCGUUCAGACAGACAGACAGACCGUUCAGACAGACAGACAGACCGUUCAGACAGACAGGCCGUUCAGACAUACAGACAGACCGUUCAGACAGACAGACAGACAGACUGUUCAGACAGACAGACUGUUCAGACAGACAGACAGACAGACUGUUCAGACAGACAAACAGACUGUUCAGACAGACAGACAGACCGUUCAGACAGACAGACAGACAGACAGACUGUUCAGACAGACAGACAGAAUGUUCAGACAGACAGGCUGUUCAGACAUACAGACAGACUGUUCAGACAUACAGACAGACCGUUCAGACAUACAGACAGACCGUUCAGACAGACAGACAGACCGUUCAGACAGACAGACAGACCGUUCAGACCAUACAGACAGACCGUUCAGACAGACAGACAGACCGUUCAGACAUACAGACAGACCGUUCAACAGACAGAGUCAGACACAGAAGACGUUACAGACUCAGACAACAGACCGUUCAGACAGACAGACUGUUCAGAAAACAGACAGGACGUUCAGACAGACAGGACUGUUCAAGACAGUACAGCCGUUCAGACAGACAGACAGACUGUUCAGACAGACAGACUGUUCAAACAGACAGACAGACUGUUCAGACAGACAGACAGACUGUUCAGACAGACAGACAGACCGUUCAGACAGACAGACAGACCGUUCAGACAGACAGACAGACCGUUCAGACAGACAGACAGACCGUUCAGACAGACAGAGUCAGACAGACACCGUUCAGACAGACAGACAGACCGUUCAGACAGACAGACAGACCGUUCAGCACACAGACCUUCAGACAGGCCGUUCAGACAUACAGACAGACCGUUCGACAGCAGACGUCAGCAGACGUUCAGACAGACAGACCGUUCAGACAGACAGACGUCAGACACAGGACCGUUCAGACAGACAGGACGUUCAGACAACAGACAGACCGUUCAGACAGACAGACAGACCGUUCAGACAGACAGACAGACCGUUCAGACAGAGACAGACCGUUCAGCAACAUACAGACAGACCGUUCAGACAGACAGAGCGUUCAGACAGACAGGCGUCGCUUCAGACAGACAGCCGUUCAGACAGACAGACAGACCGUUCAGACAGACAGACAGACUGUUCAGACAGACAGACAGACUGUUCAGACAGCAACAGACAGACCGUUCAGACAGACAGACGUUCAGACAGACAGGCGUUCAGACAGACAGCGUUCAGACAGACAGACCGUUCAGACAGACAGACAGACGUUAAGACGACGUUUCAGACAACAGACAGACCGUUCAGACAGACAGACAGACCGUUCAGACAGACAGACAGACGUUCAGACAGACAGCCGUUCAGACAUACGACAGACCGUUCAGACAGACAGACAGACCGUUCAGACAACAGACAGACCGUUCAGACGCCUUCAGACAACAGACAGACCGUUCAGACAACAGACAGACCGUUCAGACAGACAGACAGACCGUUCAGACAGGACAGACUGUUCAGACAGACGACAGAGCGUUCAGACAGACAGACCGUUCAGACAACAGACCGUUCAGACAGACAGCGUUCAGACACGACAGACUCACGACUGUUAGAACAGACGUCAGACGACAGGUACAGACCGUUCAGACAGACAGACAGACCGUUCAGACAGACAGACAGACCGUUCAGACAACAACGACGUUCAGACAGACAGACUGUUCAGACAUGACAGCAGACGUCGUUCAGACAACAGACAGACCGUUCAGACAGAAGACAGACGUUAGCAGCGACAGACCGUUCAGACAGACAGACAGACCGUUCAGACAGACAGACAGCGUUCAGACAGACAGACAGACCGUUCAGACAGACAGACAGACCGUUCAGACAGACAGACAGACCGUUCAGACAGACAGGCCGUUCAGACAGACAGGACUCAGACAGACGGCGUUCAGACAGACAGCCGUUCAGACAGACAGACAGACGUUCAGACAGACAGACUGUUCAGACAGACAGGACUGUUCAGCAGACAGACAGACCGUUCGAAGACAGACAGACUGUUCAGACAGACAGACAGACUGUUCAGACAAGACCGAGCAAUCGACGUUCAGACAGACAGACAGACCGUUCAGACAGACAGACAGACGUUCAGACAGACAGACAGACUGUUCAGACAGACAGACAAGUCAGACACAGACCGGUUCAGACAGACAGACAGACCGUUCAGACAACAGACAGACGUUCAGACAGACAGACAGACUGUUCAGACAGACAGUUCAGACAGAAGACAGCCGUUCAGACAUACAGACAGACCGUUCAGACAGACAGCGCAGACCGGUUCAGACAGACAGCGCUGUUCAGACAGACAGACAGACCGUUUCAGACAGACAGGCUGUUCAGACAGACAGCGCGUUCAGACAGACAGACAGACCGUUCAGACAGACAGGACUGUUCAGACAGACAGCACGUUCAGACAGACAGGACUGUUCAGACAGACAGACAGACCGUUCAGACAGACAGACAGACAGCUUCAGACAGACAGACGUUCAGACACAGACAGACUGUUCAGACAGACAGACAAGAGACGUUCAGACAUACAGACAGACAGUUCAGACAUACAGACAGACUGUUCAGACACAGACAGGCCGUUCAGACAUACAGACAGACCGUUCAGACAACAGACAGACCUUCAGCAGACAGACAGACAGACAGCGUUCAGACAGACAGGCCGUUCAGACAGACAGGCGUUGACAGACACCGUUCAGACAGACAGGCCGUUCAGACAGACAGACAGACCGUUCAGACACAGACAGCCGUUCAGACAGACAGACAGACCGUUCAGACAGACAGCAGACGUUCAGAACAGACAGACAGACCGUUCAGACAGACAGACAGCGUUCAGACAGACAGACAGACGUUCAGACAGACGACAGACGUUCAGACAACGACAGACGUUCAGACAGACAGACAGACGUUCAGACAGACAGACAGACGUUCAGACAGACAGCUGUUCAGACAGACAGACGACCGUUCAGACACAGACAGACUGUUCAGAACAGACAACAGACUGUUCAGACAGACAGACAGACGUUCACGACAGACAGGACGUUCAGACAGACAGACAGACCGUUCAGACAACAGCAGACUGUUCAGACAUACAACAGACCGUUCAGACAGACAGAGACGUUCAGACAGACAGACAGACCGUUCAGAACAGACCAGACAGACAGCGUUCAGACAGACAUGAAGACCUGUUCAGACAUAAGACAGACCGUUCAGACAACAGACAGACGUUCAGACAGACAGACAGACCGUUCAGCGACAGACAGACGUUCGACAGACAGACAGACUGUUCAGACCAGACAGGCUGUUCAGACAGACAUCAGCCGUUCAGACAGACAGCAGCGUUCAGACAGACAGACAGACGUUCAGACAGACAGACAGACCGUUCAGUACAGACAGACAGACGUUCAGACAGACAGACAGACGUUCAGACAGACAGCGCUGUUCAGACACACAGACCGUUCAGACAGACACGUUAGACAGAAGCCGUUCAGACAGACAGACAACGUUCAGACAGACAGACAGACGUUCAGACAACAGACAGACGUCAGACAUACAGACAGACGUCAGACAGCAACAGACUGUUCAGACAGACAGGUUCAGCGACAGGUGUUCAGACAAGAGCGUUCAGACACAGACAGACCGUUCAGACGACAGACAGACGUUCACAGACAGACAGACGUUCAGACAACAGACAGCCGUUCAGACAACAGACAGACGUUCACAGACAGACGUUCAGACGACACUGUUCAGACAGACAGCCUUCAGACACAGACAGACGUUCAGACAGACAGCGUUCAGACAGACAGCCGUUCAGGACAUCAGACGACGCGUUCAGACAGACAGACAGGCGUCAGACAACAGACAGACCUUCAGACAGAAGACGUCAACAGCCUCAGACGACAGCUGUUCAACAGACACGACGUUCAGCAGCAGCUUUCAGACACUUCACAGAAGCCGUUCAACACGACCGUUCAACAGACAGCAAGUCACAGACACAGACCGCAACAUCACAGCGUUCAACACAACAACUUCAGACCAACAGACGUUCAGCAACACACGUUCGACAGACAACCCGACAACAGCAACGCAACAGACAGACUGUUCAGAGCGUGUUCAGACAGAAGCGUUCAGACAACGCGUUGAAAAAGCCUUAGAAGACAAAGGUAGACAACAGCUGUUCCCACUCAGACAUACAGAACUUCAAACAUCAGACAACAGCUUCAGCAGACAGCUUCAGACACAGCCCAGACCGUCAGACAACAGCUUCAACAACGCGUCAGAAACAGACAUAGACUACACAGGCUUCUACACUUGA